AUUAAUAAUCAGCCGAGCAGAAAGUCCCACAGUCUUCUGACAGUCUUCUGACAGCGAGCAGACGAGGAAGCGCAGCGCUGCGGAGAGGAGAGGAGAGGACAGAUUCAUCGCUUGUCACGGCGCGGCGCGGUGCGUGGGUUACACAUCUGCGCGGUCGCUUUACAGCGUGACUAACCGGAGCUUUGACGCAGUGGAUUGUUUCGUGGGAAGCUUCUUCAGCUGAUCCGAGCUGAUCGAUCCGCGGCUUUUCCUCGCGUUAUAUCGACCUACACACAGUUUAAUGCUCAGGACUUCUGGAUGCCCUUCCAAAUUCGAACAGCUCAGAUCAUUCGCAGUGGAUGGCUGAAAACGUGCAGCUCAGAUAAUUUCUCGGCGUAUUAUGUCUUGUGAGGAAUCUGUCUUGCUGUUUCAAUGACGGGUAAGAUGGAAACGCCCUUCUAUCACGAUGAUAGCGUUCCCAACUUUGGGCAAAUUCCAGAUUACAAUCGAUACCAAGGCCACAAGAUUAUGAGCAAGAAGAACAACAUGUCGCAUCAUUUCUCCCACAGCCUGGGAAACGCCUCGAGCCUCAAACUCAACAGCCCCAGCGGUCUGGGCAUGAGCGUCAAUCCCAACGGCUCACUGAUGUCUUCUCCAGACAUGAACCUCCUGAAGCUGUCCUCUCCAGAUCUGGAGCACCUGAUUAUCCAGUCUAACCAGGGACUGGUUACUACAAGCCCAGCUCCAAACGCGUCUGCUAAUCCCUUCAUGUACCGAAACCAGGCCACGAACGAGCAGGAGGGAUUCGCAGACGGCUUCGUCAAAGCUCUGGCCGAUCUGCACAAGCAGAACCAGCUGGUGGGGGCCCCCAUGUCGCCCUCCUCCUCCAUCCAGGGCUCCUACCAGAGGAACCUGAUGCCGGGCGCAGACAUGCCCAUCUACACCAACCUGAGCAGCUACAACCCCAACCAGCUGCCCUCCUCUUACCCCGGCGGCCAGAUGGCCUACGCCUCGCCCCACGGCCCUCAGACUCGAGGCCCGGACGCUCCGCAGACAGUGCCCGAGGUCCCUCACCUGCCCGGGGCCGACCCGGCCAGCUCCCCACCCUCGCUCUCUCCCAUCAACCUGGAGACCCAGGAGCGGAUCAAGGCGGAGCGCAAGAAGCUGCGGAACCGCAUCGCCGCCUCCAAGUGCCGCAAGAGGAAGCUGGAGAGGAUCUCGCGGCUGGAGGAGAAGGUCAAGGUGCUGAAGACGCAGAACUCGGACCUGGCCUCCACCGCCAGCAUCCUGAGAGAGCAGGUGGCUCAGCUCAAACAGAAAGUCAUGAAUCACGUCACUAAUGGCUGCCACAUCGCCGUCAGCUCAGCCGGCAUGGCCAAGAGCGGCGAGAGCAGCAGCUGCUGAAACCACAAGACUUUCUCUUUAUCUCCUGGCCGCUCUCUCGCGCUCAUUCUCUGUCUCUCUCAACCCCGUCCCAGAAAGUGGAGAAGGGUCGAGACAGGGGAAGACCCGUCAGAGACGCGCGAGAGCGACCCUACUUUUCUUCAGGAAUGUCCUUCUUG